CCCCAUGGGCUGUUGCAGCGCUAGCAGCAAGGCUAGGAGACAACUCUGCUUGUGUGAGAGAAGCGGCGGUGAAGGGCUUGGCGAUGAUAUCGGAGAAGGGAAACCGCAACGUUGUGCUCGCCAUGGCCGAACUGGUCGAGGAGGAGAGAGCCAUCACUGUGAGGAGUGCAGCGCUGCAAGCUCUGACAAGGGUGGCUGAGAGGGGGGACGAGGUAGCUGUCGCGCCUGUGCUGAAGCUGCUGCGGCGGGUUGAGGGCACAGAGAGAGGAGAUUUCUUCUCCCCUCACCUCUCCCCCAUCAUCAGCAAGAAUGCUGCCAAGGCCCUAGGUAGCCUAGCAGAGUACGGAGACCUCAAGGCCCUCAAGGCGCUUCACCUGCGCGUAUUGGACGAUCCGAACCCUGUGGUGAGGGAAGCAGCUGCGCGAGCACUUGGGAGCAUUGCGAACAUGGGUGACCGGCAAGUGAUCUUCGCCCUCACGAUCUGCCUGGAGGACGAGGACGAGGGAGUUCGACGGUCAGCGAUGAGGAGCCUCAAGUCGUUGAAGAAGAAGGAGAAGGACGACGGAAGCCUGAGCGACUUACUUGCGGAGGAGGACGACAUGCUCGAGUGGUACGCGACGUGGUUGUGGCUGGUUCCUCUAGCGUGGGACUGCUGAUAGUCGCACAGCGUCUUCGGACUGUUCGUUGUUUGUUAUUCGUUCAUCCCCUGUUUCUCUUGUGUGUAAAUUUAGACCUUGUGUGAUUAUUGGAAUCAACUUUUAUUU